AUGCAAAGAGGACAUGCCUAUGCUGUCCCCAGCCUCUCUGCAACCCUCCUGAACUUGCUUCCCCUUGGCAAUCUGGAUGUUAAUAGGGGAAUCUUGGCUGACACCCCCAUUGACCCUACUAACGUUGCUCCAGCCAAAGCAGUUGUCAAAGGGCUCCAAGCUGUUCAAGAUUUGCCCUUGAAUCCUGGGGUCACAGAACAGAUGAUUAAUUCCACAAAUUUGAGGAUGCUGGCAGUUGAAGGUGCUCAUAUGUCACUUUAUACUCCCAUUCUUGACAGCCUGCUGAACCACUUCUUCCAGAUGUUGCUGCUGAGUAUGCACGGUCUAGCAGAAGUCUUGCGACACCUCACAGCAAUUGAGGCUGAUGGCAAAUUCGCAAGAGCCACCACUCUCAAUUCCAGAUUAAUAUCACAAAAUGCCUGA